CCUGGGUUUAAUUGAAUCUGUUAACAAUAUCAUUGAUAACUUCGUCGAGUAACUUUCAAGUAUAUUAUUAUAGUUCUGAUAAAAUUAGAAUAGUGUUUUUUGGACCUUUGCCAGUCGAGCAGAUUAUGUGAACAAUUUUUUAAUACAAGUGUCGCGUAUUUAAUUGUUUCUUUAUUUUUUUUUGUCAUAAUGUCGCUUUUGGAAAAUUGCACAAACUCUAGUGAAUGUGAUGUAGUAACUUCGGUUUUUGUACGCUUAUCUGAUGAGAAAAAUAUCAAAAAUGUUUGGGAAACAGAAGCCCUAAUUGACUUUGUUAAGGGUGUAGGGCGAAUGUUUUACAUUGUCAGUCCAGCAGAAACGACUUUUUCGAACGCCAAAGAUGUACCGAAUUUUUUCCGAAAUGCUUGGCCAUACUUCCUGCUGUUCAUGAUCGUAGAAAAUAUACUCCUUUGGAUAGAAAAAAAGCCUUUGGUACGAUUGAACGACAGCAUAACUAGUCUUUCUCAUGGACUGAUUAAAGAAUGUGGAAGACUUCUUUUUCGGAGUUCCGAAAGCUACCUCUACUUUUACAUAUACGAACAUUUUCGUAUAUGUGACUUACCUUGGGAUAUGCCCAUAACAUGGUACCUUGCCGCCAUUGGUGUCGACUUUUGUUACUAUUGGGUUCACAGAGCGUGCCAUGAAGUUCAUAUUUUGUGGGCUCAACACCAAGUGCAUCAUAGUUCAGAAGAUUAUAACCUAGCUGUCGGUCUAAGACAAUCAGUAUUGCAAGGAUGGUGUGGAUUUGCCUUUUAUCUGCCUCUUGCUUUAAUUAUACCACCAUCGCACUUCAUAACCCAUCAACACUUCAACCUGUUGUUCCAAUUCUGGAUUCACACCGAAACCGUUAGCACAUUAGGACCAUUAGAAUGGAUAUUCAAUACCCCAAAUCAUCACAGAGUACAUCACGGCAGCAAUAUAUACUGCCUAGACACAAACUAUGGAGGUGUGCUGAUUAUUUGGGACAGAAUAUUUGGUACUUUCGCUAAAGAGAAAGAAGACGAAGAAAUCAUCUAUGGCUUGGUAUAUAAUCAACCGUCGUUUAAUGUACUCCAUCUACAGACUUUUUAUACACAUUAUGUAAUAACGAAAUUCAACGCAAUGAAAUCUUGGAGGGAAAAAUUGGCUGCAAUAUUUUACGGACCUAGUUGGCAACCUGGCAGACCUAGAUUAGGCACAGAGGAAGAUAAAGUCAAGGUGACGAAAAGAACAAAAUAUGAUGUUCAACUGUCUUUGUGGUGUAAUCUCUAUUUGAUGGUGCAUUUCUCAGUAAUGGUUUAUGGUUUUCACCAAUUAGCUUUAAGAUAUAUGGCUCUAAGUCCCAUCAGCGUAUUGGCCUUCGUGAUUUACAUUAUCGCUUCACUGACCAACAUCGGGAUGCUGUUCGACAAGCACAAGUUCGCUCCAGUGUUCGAAGUGCUCAGAUGCAUGAUCCUGGUCACAGUUGUACAGAGAAUGAGCUUUCCAGACAUCGAUUCGUCUACGCUACUGCUCGCAGAAGUGUUCUUUUUACUGUCAGGCAUAUUUUGGUUCCUUCAGAGCAUCAGUAUUCUCGAGAUUUCGUCGACCUUAAAAACAACUUCACGAAAAAGGGACUAGAUCCAAAAUAUGUGUACAUUUUACUUAACUAAAAAGUUGUAAUUUAUUUAUUUAUUUUAUAUGUAAUACCUACAUAUAUUACAAUACAGUAUAACAAAGCUAUGUUCCUUCGUUUUAAGAAGGUAAAAUUAGUACUGUAUGUAACAGUGUUCAAAAUUCGCCAGUAAUUAAAAUAUUGAUUUUAAGUAUUUUUAGUGACUAAGUGAUAUUUUUGUGAUAAUUUAUUUAUUGUGUACUUUAGCUAUUAGUUUGUCUUUGUUAAAACUUUUAAGCAAUAAAUUGAUACUCAUAAUGUAUGUAUAUUA